UAAAUAAGUAAAUAUAUCAGUUUCUGUAGGCGGUGCUGCUCUGGGGAAAUAGCUAAGCGGUCAUGGAGGAGAAAGGCACAGGAGCAGACUGCGAAAUGCAGUUUUUCUAUUGUUAUCCUCCAAAAGAAAUGGAAAAUGCUGCAGUGGUUGUAAGCAGCUGCAGCUCCCAUGAGGAUGAAAAUCUUUACAGCUACAAACAACACCCAUCCAUUUCACAGGAGCUGCUUUUGGAAGACCAGCUUAGAAGGAAACUUAAAUUUUUUUUCAUGAACCCAUGUGAGAAAUUUUGGGCUCGGGGCAGAAAACCUUGGAAACUUGGGAUUCAACUUCUAAAAAUAGUGAUGGUUACCAUCCAGUUAGUAGUUUUUGGGUUAAGCAAUCAAAUGGUGGUUGCCUUCAAGGAGGAGAACACUGUGGCAUUCAAGCACCUCUUCUUGAAAGGAUAUACAGAGAGACUGGAUGAUACCUAUGCUGUAUACACACAAACAGAUGUCUAUGACCAGAUCUUCUUUGCAAUAAACCAGUACUUACAGCUGCGCAACAUAUCUGUUGGAAAUCAUGCUUAUGAGAGGAGAGAAGCAGAAGAAACAGCUAUGGCAAUCUGUCAACAGUUCUACAAGCGAGGAAGCAUCUGUCCUGGAAAUGACACCUUUGAUAUUGACCCCAACAUUGAAACUGAAUGUUUCUAUGUUGAGCCAAUGAUGCCUUUGGAAAACAGAACACUGGGAAAGCACAAGUUCAAUUUCACUCUGGACUUCCAUAGACUUGUAACAGUACAGCUUACCUUUAAACUGAAAGCAAUCAAUCUCCAGACAGUUCGUCACCAUGAACUCCCGGACUGUUAUGACUUUACUUUGGCAAUAGUGUUUGAUAACAAAGCACAUAGUGGAAGAAUUAAAAUAAGUCUGGACAAUGAUAUUGCCAUCAGGGAAUGUAGAGACUGGCAUGUUUCUGGAUCAAUACAAAAGAAUACUCAUUACAUGAUGAUCUUUGAUGCCUUUGUCAUAUUGACUUGUUUAGCCUCGUUGAUCCUCUGCACACGAUCAGUCAUUAAAGGAUUUCGGCUCCAAAGGGAAUUUGUAAGUUUUUUCCGACAUCAUCAUAAGAAAGAAGUAUCUUUCACAGAUCAAAUGGAAUUUGUCAAUGGGUGGUACAUCCUGAUUAUUGUUAGUGAUGUCUUAACUAUUGUUGGCUCCACACUAAAAAUGGAAAUACAAGCUAAGAGUCUGACAAGUUAUGAUGUCUGUAGUAUCCUCCUAGGAACUUCCACCAUGCUUGUGUGGCUUGGAGUUAUUCGAUACCUAGGUUUCUUUCAGAAGUAUAAUGUAAGGAUCUCCUGGGAUCUCCAUGCUCUGCUUAUUCUGACACUACGGUCAGCAUUGCCCAAUGUCAUUAGAUUCUGCUGUUGUGCUGUUAUGAUCUAUCUGGGCUAUUGUUUCUGUGGAUGGAUUGUGCUGGGGCCAUAUCAUGUUAAGUUCCGGUCUCUGAACAUGGUUUCAGAAUGCCUUUUCUCACUGAUAAAUGGAGAUGACAUGUUUGCCACAUUUGCAAAAAUGCAGCAGAAAAGUUACUUGGUUUGGUUAUUUAGUCGGCUUUACCUCUACUCCUUCAUCAGCCUGUUCAUCUAUAUGGUGCUAAGUCUCUUCAUUGCACUGAUCACAGAUACAUAUGAAACAAUUAAGCAUUACCAGCAAGACGGCUUUCCAGAGACGGAACUCCAUGACUUUAUAUCGCAGUGUAAAGACCUACCAAACUCAGGCAGAUACAAAUUAGAAGAGGAGAGUCCUGUGUCUAUCUUCUGUUGCUGUAAACGGAAAGUGCUGAAAUAAACAUUUGCAAUUGAAGUAAAUCUUGAGUGAACUAGGAAUAACUUUAAGAUCAGCUUUUUCCAUGACCAGUACCCUUAUACUUUGGGCAAGGAUUAAAUAUUGGACUGAUUUGAGAUGAAUACCUAAACUUUAGCUUGAUGCUAGCUCUAGGUCUGUAUUAAAUUAGCUCUUGCAUUUAUUGGGUUUUUUUAUUGAAUUAUUGCAUCUUAAUCUUUCUUUGGUUUUCUUGUGUAAAACAGUCAUGCAGAAGUGGUAGGUCUAUCAUAAUAGGAUCUAACUCUGCAUUUGGUUGGCCUCUGUGCUAUAAGUAGCAGAGCUGGGACAGACUGAACAAAUUCCCCCUAAAAAACUAAAUUUCUAGCAAGUCAUUUCAAUAAGGCUUAUUUCACCAGCAUUUUGGUUAUCUUGAAAAUGCCAUUCAGGGAAAAAAGUUCAUUAGCAUCUAAGCACUGAUUGCAAUUCUUUGCCUACAAAAAGGGGCUAAGCAUAACGUACACACCACUUAAAAAGUACUAUCGCAGCUGCAAGGAAAUCUGAAAGAAAGGGCAUCUGCCAUUAUAAACCAUUGAAAGGGCAUUACCUCUCCCACCUGAUUAUCUCCUAACUAUUUCAUCAUAAACCUAGAUGACAUUAUAAACUUUCUCUUGAUUUUUAAACUAGUCUGACUUACACAAUUCAGCAAAAACCAAAUCUGAUUACAAUGCAGAGUAGUGUUACUGUCUUAAUACAGAUGGAACACCUGUAAAUAAUUAGGAAUACAUAAAGACUAAAGGAGAGCUAGUGCCCAUUACACAACUUAGCCUAUCCCAUGCAAUCUUCUCACAAUUUCUAAUACCUUCAUAUUGCCAUAUGAGGCAGAACAGGCUUCUCAGCCACAAGCCAGUGGCACGGUACUCUCCACCUCAGACUUGUUUUUAUAGCCAUACUUCUCAGUUCUUGGAGCCAGUGAUCCCAUAUUUGAUGUGCUGUUGGAAAUAACCUGUAUUGACAAUCCUGAAUUUUAAUCAAUACAUUUUCUCCUUGUCCUUGUCUAAUGCUGAAGCCAAACUUCCUCAAACACUAUUCUGGCUAGUUAGAGAAUGAAGGUUGAAGAUGACUUAUUUUGAGCAAUAACCAUGUAGGUUAAGUACAAGCAACACCGGGCUCCAAAGCUGGCAUUGGAUGAUAUGCAUACUAAGAGACCAAAUGUAGAAACAACUCAAACACCUUCCUGUGCCUUACAUAAAACUUAAUUCUAGUUAGAAAAUCUUAACUAUAAUGUUUGUCAGGUCUAAACCAGGAAAGAAUAUAGACAUUGCCAUAAAGCAUCAAAGCAGUGAUGCAUCUAUGACAACUUCCUGUCUCAGGCAGUGGCCAAUAACAUAUGCUUCACCGGAAGGCUUGAACGUUUUGUUGUGGCAGAACUGGCCCCUCGGUGAGGCUUCUUCCUAACUCCUGUUAGUUAGUGGUUGGCCUAUGCCCUGAUGCAUAAAGAUUUGUACCUUGUCUAUUUUGUUAAUGAAGUUAUGGGUGUCUAUACAUAUAAAUUUUAUUUUCUGGGAUCUUAUUAGGCUGUUUGGUCUCAGUGGUGUCCUGCAAUAACACAUUCACCAGGUUCACUACCCACUGUGAGGAAAUGUUUCCUUCAAUCAGUAGUGUAACUUUGCCUUUUACUUUCACUACUGAAUUUUCCUUUAUUAGGAGAAUCCAAUUUCCCCUUAAUUAUACAAAUAGUGGUAUAGCAAUCACUUCCCUUAUUCAUCUCUCCUCCAAAUAGUCCCAAUCUUUUCUUCAGUCACACACACCCCUUUUAUGUUGAAGCCUUUUUAUGUCUUAUCAGUUUAGGCCCUUGUCUCUGGACAUUUUUUUUUUAAAUGUCAUCCCUUCUGAGAGAGGGUGAAUUGAAAACACUCAGGUGAGGGCAUAUUAUCAAAUUACACAAUGGCAUAACUCAAUAUUCUCUAUCCUGUUCUUUCUACAUGUUAACAUUGUUGCCUUGCUCCCCUUACAGCUAGGACAGAAGAAGAGGCUUAAUCAAAGGGCUGGUCUACACUAAGGGGAAAAAUCGAUAUAAGAUACGCAACUUCAGCUACGUGAAUAACGUAGCUGAAGUCGAAGUAUCUUAUAUCG